UUUUAAAAAAUGUGGAAGGGCCCCCUCUGCUGAUUCAGGCGGAUAGAGAGCAGAAGGAGGAGAAGGAGAAGAAGGAGGAGGAGGAGUGUGUGCUUGUCAGCAGACACUGAAGAACCGGGAGUCCCAGCGGCAGUUUAGGAGAGUCUGAGCGGGGAAGUCUGUGUCUAAUACGGGAGAACUCAGAAGGAGGAAUCCGCGAUGAGUUGGGGAACAGAGCUCUGGGACCAGUUUGAAAAUCUGGACAAACACACUCAGUGGGGGAUCGACUUUCUUGAGCGCUACGCAAAGUUUGUCAAGGAGAGGCUGGACAUAGAGCAAAACUACGCCAAACAGCUACGGAACUUGGUGAAGAAAUACUGUCCAAAACGCGCUAAAGAUGAGGAGCCGAGGUUCACAUCGUGCCUGUCCUUCAACUCCGUACUGAAUGAACUCAACGACUACGCCGGUCAGAGGGAGGUGGUGGCGGAGGAGAUGGCUCACAAGGUGUACGGAGAGCUGAUGAGGUACAGCCAGGACCUCAAAGCUGAAAGGAAGCAUCAUCUACAGGAGGGCAGAAAAGCCCAGCAACAUUUGGACUAUUGCUGGAAACAGAUGGAAAACAGCAAAAGGAAGUUUGAGAGAGAGUGUCGAGAAGCAGAGAAAUCCCAGAUUAACUACGACCGGUUAGACAAUGACAUCAACGCCACCAAAUCGGAGGUGGAGAAGGCCAAAGCCCAGUUCUACCUGCGCAAUCACAUGGCUGAUGAGAGUAAGAAUGAGUAUGCUGCUCAGCUGCAGAACUUCAACGCAGAGCAGUGGAAACAUUUCAACAACGCCAUACCACACAUCUUCAAGAAUCUGCAGGACAUGGACGAACGUCGGACAGUGAAGCUCGGAGAGACUUACCGGAGCUUUGCUGAGGCAGAGCGGAGAGUCAUUCCCAUCAUCUCCAAAUGUCUAGAAGGAAUGGUUUCUGCUGCCAAAGCUGUCGAUAUGCGAAAGGACUCGAUCAUUGUUGUAGAAUCGUUUAAGUCGGGCUUUGAACCUCCGGGCGACUUCCCCUUCGAGGACUUCAGUCAGAAUCUGAGCAGAGCGGGUUCAGACGGGACCAUCAGCAACACACCCAAAGGAGACCGAGAAGGGACCCCGGGGCCACGAUCCGAUCCAAAACACGCUAUGAGCAGAACCAAGAACAAGCUGUGGCUGUUUGGGAAAAAACCAAAGUCCCCUUCCUCCUCUCCUCCUCCACCACUGUCCUCCUCCGGUCCCCCUUCCCACAUGUCUUCUUCAUCCCGGUUCGGUGCUGACAUAGUGAGCCACUAUUUGUCCGAGAUAAAGACUACAGUACCCAGAAUCCCCCAGAGUUUGAGGGGUCUGAGGAGAGGGGCCCCAUCUCUGGAGGAUUUCAGCCACUUACCCCCUGAGCAGAGGAGGAAAAAGCUGACGCUGAGGAUCGACGAGCUCAGCAAAGAGCUCCAGAAAGAAAUGGAUCAGAGAGAUGCCCUGAACAAGAUGAAGGAUGUGUAUGAGAAGAAUCCACAGAUGGGAGACCCCAGCAGCUUGCAGCCCAAAAUAUCAGAGACCAUAUGUAACAUGGAAAAGCUGCGCUCAGAAAUUCACAAAAACGAGACGUGGUUAUCUGAGGUGGAGGGAAAGCAAAGCUCCAGAGGAGACAGAAGACACAGCGCUGACAACCACCAUCCCACUCCUCCAGGCAGAGAGAGUCCUGAGGGCAGUUAUACAGAUGACACCAGUCAGGAGCAUCACACACCUCACAAGCGACCCAGUCCUCCACAGCCGGGACAACCCAACCCCGACCCGCACGAGUUUGAUGACGAAUUUGACGACGACGACCCGCUGCCAGUCAUCGGACACUGCAAAGCUCUCUACUCCUUCGAUGGUCAGAACGAGGGGACACUAGUGAUGGCAGAAGACGAGGUGUUGUACAUCAUCGAGGAGGAUAAAGGUGACGGCUGGACGAGGGCAAGGAAGCAGAGCGGCGAGGAGGGCUACGUUCCCACCUCCUACGUAGAAAUCACCAUGGAGAAAAACAGCAAAGGUGCUGUCACCUACAUCUGACGCUAACACCGUCUCUCUCAUCCUGUCUGUCGUCCUCUCCAUCCUCCCUGUCAUCCUUUCUCUUCCUCGAAAUAACACUACAAAAA